UUGUUUUGUUUUUCAAUUGAAUUUAUUUCAAUAGAAUAUUUGCGUUUACAAACAAAACACACCCUAUUAUUAUCUACCUCUUCUUUUUUGUUUUUUGGUCCAGCAAUUCAUCACGAACAAAAAAGCAAAUAUAAAAACGCCCACCACCUCAACCUCCACACAUACACGUACACACGACACCAUGGCUGGCGACGACAGAGACAAUAUGCUGGUGGACGAUAACGACGGCAUGAAUGAGAUCUCACCAAGGACUCUGGGUCAGUACUACCAGCGACUAUUUCCGCACAGCCUCUACUACAAGUGGCUAAACUACAACGGCCCAAUGCCAACAACUGAGUUCACGCACCGCGAGUUCAGUUUCACAAUCAACGACGGCAUCUACCUGCGGUACCAAUCAUUUAAAGACGGUGAGGAUUUCCAACGUGAGCUGCAGAGACUCUCUCCGAGCAAAAUCGACAUUGGUGCCAUUUUCACAGCCCAGCCCAAGCACGCAAAAUCUUUACAGCCGGGUGUAUUCAGAGCCAUCUCGAAGGAGCUUGUGUUCGAUAUUGAUAUGACAGACUACGACGAGAUCCGUACUUGCUGUCAGGGCGGUGGGAUAUGCGGAAAGUGCUGGAAGUUUAUGGUCGUUGCCAUGCACGUGUUGGAUCAGGCGUUGCGCGAGGACUUUGGGUUCGAGCGAAUUAUGUGGGCAUACUCUGGCCGUCGCGGUGUGCAUUGCUGGGUGUGUGACGAGAGGGCAAAGAAGCUGGAUGAUGCCGGGCGGAAGGCGCUCACAGGGUACCUGACGAUGAUCCGAGGCGGAGCAGAGCAAGGAAAGAAGGUCAAUUUGUCGCAGCGCAGUGGCCAACACCCCCAUGUGCUUCGCUCGAUGGAGAUCAUCGAGGAGUACUUUGAGGACAUUGUUUUGGUUGACCAGGAGAUUCUCUUGACCAGGGAGCGCUGGACAAAAGUUUUGGCUGCGGUUCCUGACGAAGAGCUGCGCAAUUAUCUGGACGAAAAGUGGAUGAAGCGUCCAGACCGUUCAUCUGUCGAUAAGUGGUCUGAGAUGAUUGAUGCCGUUGAUAAGAAGGCGGCUAAGCGCGGAAGCAAGUUUGGAUUGGGUACGUUUGAGCGGGAUAUGAUGAUGCAGUGCGUUUACCCGCGGCUGGACGAGAAUGUCACUACGCAUGUUAACCAUUUGCUCAAGAGCCCGUUUUGUAUCCAUCCAAAGACCGGGCGCGUUUGCACGCCGAUUGGGCCAGACCAGUUUGACGAGUUUGAUCCUAUGGCCGUGCCCACGCUGGCGCAGCUGCUGCGUGAGAUUAACGACACGGCAGGAGAUGGCGGCAGCAGUAGGUCGUCUAUGACCAAGUACAUCAAGAUCUUUGAGGAAUUUGUCGCAUUGGUUGGCCCUGCCCACGACAAGAACGGCAAUGGCACUCGGCAACACCAGCAGCAGAGUCUUGAAUUUUGAAUCAAAAUAGCAGGAUACAAAGGUUUUUUUAAAAAGUUAUUUGCAA